AGUUGCACCCACACUCGCCUUCAGUCCCUCAGCACACGUUGCACAAACAGCAUUAGCCAAAGCACAGGUUGCAAGGCCGUUUCGUCCCGUUCGUACUCCACUAACACAUACCUCCGCAAAGAUGGUCGAGGAGACGAUGAGCGAGGAGGUGGAAACCUUCGCUUUCCAGGCGGAGAUCGCUCAGUUGAUGUCGCUGAUCAUCAACACCUUCUACAGCAACAAGGAGAUCUUCCUGCGAGAGCUGAUCUCGAACUCGUCCGACGCCCUGGACAAGAUCCGCUACGAGUCGCUGACGGACCCGUCGAAGCUGGAGAAUGGCAAGGACCUGUUCAUCAAGCUGGUGCCCAACAAGGACGACCGCACGCUCACCAUCAUCGACAGCGGCAUCGGCAUGACCAAGGCCGACCUGGUCAACAACCUGGGUACCAUCGCCAAGUCGGGCACCAAGGCCUUCAUGGAGGCGCUGCAGGCUGGCGCCGACAUCUCGAUGAUCGGUCAGUUCGGCGUGGGCUUCUACUCCGCCUACCUUGUGGCCGACAAGGUGACCGUGGUGUCGAGGAACAACGACGACGAGCAGUACAUCUGGGAGUCGUCCGCGGGCGGGUCGUUCACAGUGCGCCACGACACCGGCGAACCCAUCGGCCGCGGUACAAAGAUCACCCUCCACCUGAAGGAGGACCAGACCGAGUACCUUGAAGAACGUCGCGUGAAGGAGAUCGUGAAGAAGCACUCGCAGUUCAUUGGCUAUCCCAUCAAGCUCCUCGUCGAGAAGGAAAGGGACAAGGAAGUCUCAGACGACGAGGAAGAAGACGGAGGCGAGAAGGAGGGAGAGGAGGAGGACGACAAGCCAAAGGUCGAGGACGUGGGUGAGGACGAAGAAGCCGACAAGGAGAAGGGCGAAGACAAGAAGAAAAAGAAGACCGUGAAGGAGAAGUACACGGAGGACGAGGAGCUGAACAAGACGAAGCCCCUGUGGACGCGCAACCCCGACGACAUCUCGAAGGAGGAGUACGGCGAGUUCUACAAGUCGCUGACCAACGACUGGGAGGACCACUUGGCCGUGAAGCACUUCAGCGUGGAAGGCCAGCUGGAGUUCCGCGCCCUUCUGUUCCUGCCUCGCCGCGCCCCCUUCGACCUGUUCGAGAACCGCAAGCAGAAGAACAAGAUCAAGCUUUACGUGCGUCGCGUGUUCAUCAUGGAGAACUGCGAGGAACUUAUCCCCGAGUACCUGAACUUCAUCAACGGUGUUGUUGACUCUGAAGAUCUGCCCCUGAACAUUUCCCGAGAAAUGUUGCAACAGAACAAGAUCCUGAAAGUGAUCAGGAAGAAUCUCGUCAAGAAGACCCUUGAACUCUUUGAGGAACUCGUGGACGACAAGGAGAGUUACAAGAAGUUCUACGAAAACUUCUCCAAGAACCUCAAACUCGGCAUCCACGAGGACUCCACCAACCGCAAGAAGCUCGCCGAAUUCCUGAGGUACCACACCUCCGCCUCAGGUGAUGAAAUGUCCUCCCUCAAGGAGUACAUCUCCCGCAUGAAGGAGAAUCAGAAAGUCAUCUAUUACAUCACCGGCGAGACUCGCGAACAGGUGCAGAACUCUGCUUUCGUGGAGAGAGUGAAGAAGCGCGGCUUCGAGGUGAUCUACAUGACGGAACCCAUCGACGAAUACUGUGUUCAGCAGCUGAAGGAAUACGAUGGAAAGCAGCUCGUCUCUGUGACGAAGGAAGGCCUUGAACUCCCCGAGGACGAGGAGGAGAAAAAGAAGUACGAGGAACAGAAGACGAAGUUCGAGAACCUUUGCAAGGUAAUGAAGGACAUCCUGGACAAGCGCGUUGAAAAGGUGGUUGUGAGCAACCGCCUUGUGACCUCUCCGUGCUGCAUCGUGACCUCCCAGUACGGUUGGACCGCCAACAUGGAGCGCAUCAUGAAGGCCCAGGCGCUGAGGGACACCUUCACCAUGGGCUACAUGGCCGCCAAGAAGCACCUUGAGAUCAACCCCGACCACAGCAUCAUCGAAACCCUGAGACAGAAGGCCGAUGCUGACAAGAACGACAAGUCAGUGAAGGAUCUCGUGAUGCUGCUGUUCGAGAGCUCCCUUCUGUCGUCUGGCUUCAGCCUCGAGGACCCAGGUGUCCACGCCAGCCGUAUCUACAGAAUGAUCAAGCUGGGCCUGGGCAUCGACGAGGAGGACGCCCCCCUGGAAGAAGGCUCGGAAGUCAACGAGGAGGAGAUGCCCGCGCUCGAAGGAGACGAAGAAGACACCUCUCGCAUGGAGGAGGUUGAUUAAGAUUUUCCUUUGAGUUUAAGCGACCCGAGUCUGUAGGAAAGGUCUUGUUGUUUAUGUUAAAAGAUCUCCAAAUUCUCGUGUGUUUUUGUGUCUUUGGGAUGUUGUGUAUAGUUGUGCCAAUUAUAGGCUAAGGGUUUUAUUACCGUGUAUAUAGGCAGCUUUAUGCUUUGCACGAGGCUUGUACAUUUUAUACUGUUUACAAUGUAAAUUACUUAUUCACUGCUUUCAUCAUAUAGGUUUAUAUUCAUUUUUUUACAUGUGAUAUAGGUUUAGAAUAUCAUUGUAUAUUAGAAGUUUGAAUUCAUCAUUCCAGAUUUUUCAUUACAUUCACUGUGUGUAUCAGUUUUAUAGGAACAUGAUUAUACUUAAUUAAUAUUUCGCUUAUCUAAAAUUCAUCAGGUAAUGCUUUUGAGUGUUAGUACUUCUUACUUCAAUAGUUAUUUUCAAUUAUCAAAUUGUAGAUAAUGUUAUUAAUGACAGCGUAAGUGAUCAAGGCAUAUGCUUCAAUCAUUGAUUAAUUACCUUUUUGUAAAGGCAUAGCAUUAUCUUACUUACCAGUUCCCCAAAAGGGUACAGAGAAGGUAAUCUUUCUGUUGAGUGUUCAUUUCGAUAGCCUUAGGGCAUUAGUCGUUAUAAGCAUAGAUACAUUUUUUUUAUGUAUAAAUGUCUUCUAUAAUUCCAAGUGAUGCAUACUCUUUCGUUGAAUACUCUAGUCUUGAAAUUAGUGUGAACAGUAUUAGUCUUUUGACAUUAUAAGUAUAAGUAAGAUC